AAAAAAAAAUUCCGAGAUAAGCAAAUCAUCCCAGGCUGCAGGUACCGUUUCUAGGGACAGAAGCUGCACAGAGAAGCUGCUUUUCCCACCGUGGUUACAACUUGCAGCUCUAUUAUAAUGCGACAGCGGGAGAUAAUUACGUGUUAUUAUUUUGUGCAGAUUAGCGAACUUAAUUUGCACUUGUUCCAUUAUGGCAGCCGGUUCUCAGAAAAGUUAGGGUUCACGCAAGUUUUAAGAGUUUAAGGAGUUUAGACUGAGGCAUUAAAAGUCAGAAUCUGGAGAAUAUUAGAAAAGUAGUGCAUGACAGAAUCGUUGCACUGCAUUAUAAACGUAAACUGAUGAUAUACUAGGAUUUCCCACACAGCUAGCUCUAUAGUUUACAUAGAAUGGUCAGAAAUGGAGGGGGAAACAAUCCAGUCAUAUUAGGCAGGUCUCUGGGGGGAAAUGCCUUAUUUUCUUUAAAUCAAAUAUCCAGUCAUUGUUCAGCUGUGGCUCAGGUGGUCUACUGUCGGUGGAUUUCGAUAUCUCAGACUAAAGCUUAGUGUCAGUCUUAAUUGGAGUGUAAAUGUGUGUGUGAAUGUUAGAUAGAAGUCACUUACGUUUAAAAGAGUGUGUGUGAAUGAGACAUGCUGACUGACUGCUCAAGAAAAGUAGAAAAUGGUAGUGGUCACCAGUGCUACACUACAGCCUCCUAGUAGCUGCACCUUUAAUAUAAAUGUUAAAAUCCCAGGUGAUUUUCAGAAAACGACCACAUUCUUAAGUUUUCAUAUUCACAAACUUGGGUGUCCAUGACGCCCGGCCUUGUGCAGCAUGAACAUUUACCAUUUAUUAACCAAGGUGUAUACUGAAGAACUUCUGUGCACAGCACACCUGAAGCCGCAGCAGCAGCAUAUCACACCAGGCGCCGCUCCUGUCAGCUAACAACAGGAAAAUGAAGCUAUAGUCCUCCAUCUUAUUUCUCUAAUCCAAUUCAAGGCUACAGUUGGGUCGGAGCCUAUCCCAGUGAGAGUCACACUACACCAUGGACAGGUCACCAAUCUACCAGAGGGCUAACAUAUAGAGACAAACGAUGAGACUUCCUCUUCGCUCCUUUUGCAUCUUCAGGAGUGUAAUCGCUCGGGGGCAAGCUGUGGACGUGCAGAGGCGAGGACUCAGCGGUGCAGCGAUGCGUCUGGUGCAGUUUCGACGUCGUGGUGAAGGAGCAAGCAUCAGGGUGGGAGUGGAGCAAGGUGAGGGGCACAGUGUGGUGGAUCUGAAGGCAUUUGACCCCUCGAUGCCGUCAACAAUGAGAGAGCUUCUGGAGCUGGGAGACAAGGGCCUGGAGUGUGCACAGAGAGCUUUGGCGUCCGGUAAGUGUGUAGUAGACCGAGCAGACAUCCAGCUGCUGUCUCCAGUGACAGGUCCAGAGAAGGUGGUAUGUGUGGGUAUGAACUACCGCGACCACUGCCUGGAACAAAAUGCUCCAAUCCCCAAAGAACCAAUCAUCUUCAACAAGUUUCCCAGCGCCAUCACAGGGCCGUACGAUGACAUCAUACUGCCCUCUGAGAGCCAGGAGGUGGACUGGGAGGUGGAGUUGGCCUUUGUGAUAGGACGAAGAGGAAAACACAUCAAGGAGGAAGACGCUCUCUCCUACGUGGCCGGGUUCACCGUGGCCAAUGACGUCAGCGCUCGUGACUGGCAGAUGAAGCGUAACGGGAAGCAGUGGCUUCUAGGAAAGACAUUUGACAGCUUCUGUCCUCUCGGCCCAGCCUUAGUAACCACUGACACCGUGACAGAUCCUCAUAACUUGAGCAUCCGCUGCCUGGUUAAUGGAGACACGGUCCAGGACAGCAACACGGAUCAGAUCAUCUUCAAGACAGCAGCGCUUGUCGCUUGGGUCUCAAAGUUUGUGACAUUGAUUCCAGGCGAUGUGUUUCUGACAGGAACUCCUCCAGGCGUGGGUGCAUUUAGAAAGCCGCCCAUCUUUCUCAAGAAGGGGGACGUGGUGGAGUGCCAGAUAGAACAAUUAGGUUCUAUAAUCAACAAAGUGGUGUAAACCCUGGGAAGAGAAUCCAUGAAUGAACAUCAGCCGCUGAACUGCACCUUCUGAUCACCCUCACAAUGAAUUACUAUUCAAAUAGUUUUUUUCCCCCUUUUACAUAAUGUGAAAAAACCAUCAAGAGAUAUGUAAAACUCCCUGAUGAAUGUUUUAUUCAUGAUACUUCAGUAAUUGUGAGGAGAGAAAAUGUGUUAUUUUCUUUUACUACACAAAACAGAGUAAUUAUGUGACUCAACCUCAGAGUGAUCACGAGCUGUAAAAAAUACCCUCCGUCAGCAGCCGCCCACUCGUGCUGUGCAGAAGAAACCGUGAACCUACUGAUUUUUCUUUUUAUGUGAAAAUAAAAAAGUAUUUUGACACUGACGUAAAAAGUAUUUCUAAUUAUGAUUUAAUAUUCAGGAUCAAAGACUGCAUAUAAAACUUCAGUCAGAAGUGAAAGAACAUCAUCUUUCCCAUAAAAGAAGGAAAACAGAUUACUAGAUGUGUGGAAAUUAAUGAAAUUAAAAAAUGCUGCUUCCAACUGUG